AAUGAAAGAGAAGGCUGCUGCUGUUUUUUUUUUUUUUUUUUCUUUUUCCUGUACUAGGUCAGACUCUUUCCUUUCUUCGUGUGAGAGACGUUUCGCUAAAUGGUGGAUAAUGGACGGGAAUAAUAAGAGUGGCAGCCAUGGACACAGUAUAAAAGGCCUGAGAGUUCUCAAGCGCGUCCUGGGAUGAGAGGAUCGUGUCAGAGUGUGUGCGCCGGGGUGUGGAUGCUGGACUGAUUCUUACUUGACUCUUGAUAAGCUGCUACUAUGAUGAACCUGGCCGUAUCCUGUCACCUCUUACUGGUCCUCCUGCUUGUUGUUAACCUGACAGGUGUGUACGGGGACCGAAUCAUCGGGGGCACGGUGGUAAAACCUUACUCCAUCAAGUAUCAGGCUUCCCUUUUGUACAGCAACUCCCACUUCUGUGGAGGCACCCUCAUCCACCCUCAGUGGGUGGUGUCUGCUGCCCACUGCUGGAGGCCGAGUCACAUGAUCCAGGUGGUCCUGAGCGAGCACAACCUCGUCGAGGAGGAGGGAUAUGAGCAGAUGUUUAACGUCUCCUUGGUCAUCAAACACUACCAGUACAGUUACUGGAUGCUCGACAACGAUAUCAUGCUGCUAAAGCUGGAGCGUCCAGCCGUCAUCAACUCCAUGGUCGAGCCAGCCACCUUACCCGACAAGGACACACCCCCCCUGCAAAACUUUGCCCGGUGCACGGUCAGCGGCUGGGGCGUGACCUGGCUCUACGGCCAAAGCCUUUCAUCUGAGCUGAAGUCCGUGGACGUGGACUUCUUCUUGGACUGCUGGAGCUACUAUCCCUUCAGGAUCACGCAGAACAUGAUGUGCGCGGGAUCAAUUUAUGGUGGGAAAGACUCCUGUCAGGGUGACUCAGGAGGACCUCUCAUGUGUAACGGUAAAUUUGAGGGCAUUGUGUCCUGGGGCAUCGGCUGCGCCUACGCUUUCUACCCAGGUGUCUACACUAAGACCAGAAACUACCUCGGAUGGAUCAACUGGGUCAUCCAGAACAGCUAAUGAUACUGACUCUCUCACAGAAGACUAUGCUAUGGUAUAAAUAUUUGAAUGGAUCCUAAUGGAUAUAUUUUUUUUGUUUUUGUCUUUUAUAUCAAUUAUGAAUUUAUUUGUAAAAAGUAAGUUGCCUGGAACCGACACCCCAUGUACUCUUUUUCUCACAGAUUUAGUAUAACCUGAAAGUGCAGAAUAUUAAUUACAUAUAUAUAAAUAUAU